AUUAAUAUGAAAAAUUCAACUAUUCAAUUCAACAAGAAAACUAAAAAUAUGGUAAAGUCUGUUAAUUUAUCUCUUGAUAAACUUUCAAAUAAUCACAAAUACCUAAAACCUUAGAAAUCUAAAGAUGAAUAUUAUCUGUAAAUUUCUCCUCAUUUUCAAACUCAAACUCUCACAUUUACUAAUUAAAUCAAAAAACUGAAGUGUAUUGAGCAUGAGGACGUAGACACAGAAGAGUCAGUUAAAUCAAGUAAUUCAUUAAAAACUGACAAAAACAAUUUCCCCUUAUAAAAACUUCAUUUAGGAUAACCAAAAAGUUAAUUUUUUAAUGAUAUUAAAUGUUCAAGAAGACUUAAGACUGAAUAAUGA